CCACCGGAGCCCAAGAUAAGCAGCAGAAGGAACUAAUCCUCCCGUUGACACUCAAGGACCGGGUGAGCCCUCAUGAUGCUGGAUAAAUCUCCAGCGGGACAGGACGGGCGCAGCCGUUUCAACGGUUUCUACACUGAGCUGCGAAAGAAAUACCCCAGCGCCUUCACCCUGGCAGGAGACCUCGGCAACGACAAGCUCGCUGCCCCGAAAAAGCUGCCCAGCUUGGGGCCUCGGCCGAUCCUAAAGCCUGAGGCCUUUCCUGACAACCUAGCCCACAAUCCAGCGCUCCUGGGCAGGCGGGCCAGCCACGCUUUCCUCCUCAAGGUGGAGAACGAGAGGAGCGAGCAGAGGAGCAGUGCGGAGAAGAGGCCGUCAAGUGGCAGGCCUCGUAUCGUCAAGGGAAACCGAGUCGUGGUGCCCGCGGCCAGAGAGCAAGCCCUGAACCCGGGGAAGCAACUGAGUCUGCCGUCCCUGAGCAAUCGGAUCGAGCAGAACCGAGCCGCGCUCAGAAACCACCUCAACAACUGGGUCCCUCCCAGAGCCCUGAGCUCCGGAGGGGGCCCUGCGCUGCAAAGCCAGAGCUGUCCAGGAGGGGGCGGCAUUGAGCAUGCCCAAACAGCCCCCAGUGGCUGGAAUUCCUUCAGUGAGCGCUCGGAAGACGUGGGGUCUGGCAGCGAGGUCAAGCCACCGACUCUCUCCCCCCGCCCGAGGGUGCUGAGCUCCGCGCUGGCUGAGCUGCUGCUCCCCAACAAGCCCAAACUGGAGCUCCGCACUCGGGCUGCAAAGAGCAGACUCUCCAUGUCAGACAGCGACGGGGAUUCGGGAAUUUCACUGGGCUUCCCGGCUUUCAGGCCAAAAGACCCCUUCACCCUCAACCCCCCGACCUGUCUGUCCCCCCGCAGUGGGAGAUUAGCCAAUCAGAGAGAGCCCAGAUCGGGACCGCUGAAAGCAGACCACACCAUCGCCAUCCUGUCCCGCAACAGCACCCUACUGGAGCCUGAGCAGAGACGACUAAGCCUGCCCCCCCCAGCGCUGCCCAGCCUACUACAGAAGAGAGGCCCCUCCCCCUGUAGGGGCCCCGCCCCCUUCAGAGGCCCCACCCCUUCUACUGGCUCCUCUGCAUUCCGAGACUCCACCCCCUCCCGAGUACGCUUCCAGGACGAGUCCCCAGUGGAAGUGGAGUCCCGCUACCAGGAACGGCUGCUGCUGAGCAGGGGGGCGGGAGGGAAGGGCUGGGCAGCACCAGCGGGUAACAGCAGCACCAGUCUGGAGAAACCUCCUACAGGAGCCACCACUGUCCCAGAGAGCGUGGAGCCCAGGUGGGAGCGAGAUCCUAAAAGCCUAGUAGCCAGGGAAGAGGCAGGAGCAGGGGCAGAGGAGCAAGCAGAGGUCUCCAGGCGUCUUCCCCAGCCUGGGAUCCCCAGCCCAGGACCAGCAGGGGACGGAAGCCCUCUGAGAGGGGGAGGGAGGGAGGCUCCGGGGUUGGGCGGGACGUUGAAUCACCCCAGUCUUCAGCGCACCGGGAGGCUGUCAGGGUGCCGGUCGCUCGACUGCCACCAGCAGGGAGUCAUCACCUGCCAGUGCUGCACUCAGCCGUCACCGGAGAAACCACAGCGGAGCAAGAACAGCACAGCGAGGGAAGCCCCAGACCUCCUUAGGCUGUACGCCAGGGUGAAGAGGACUCUGAAAACCCGGGUGAAGCGAAUGCAGGGGCCAAAGAAUAGCAACGAGGAGGCCCCGCCCUUCGACAACAUUGACCACACCCAGAGAGGCGGGGCCGUGGAGAGCAGCUCCAAUCAGCGCUCUGCACAGAGUAAGAAGGAGCGGCUGUACGCCGUGACCGAAGGAGCGCCCCCUGCUGUUCAGUGAGUAGUUGUGUGGAACCCGAACCCUUUCCGUGCCGUGUCUCUUAUGGCACUACACCACCUUUCUCUGUUCUGCACCGCCCAUGCUGGGGGAAGGUUUCAUUUUAGUUUAAAACCCAGAUGAAAGACUUGACCGAGACUUCUUGCAGACCUCUGUGUACUGAGAUACACCAAGUAGCAGCCGUUUCCAUGGUGUUGUGUUGCUGCAGCAGGGAGAGGGUGCAGCGGGGCGGGCAGAGAGCCAGUCUGCCACGGAGGCUCCUGAGGGCCAACGCAGACUCCAGCCGGCUGAUCGUGCUGAGCCUGCCCUCGCGGAGGUAAGGAGCCAUUCCACUCCAUUUCAACUCCUGCACAGGACUGUGUGUGAGGAAAUCACCCCCUGUACUCUACACUGACCCUCCUUGAUCUCAGCUACUGAAGACAUCUCUCUACCUACUUCCACUAAACCUACUGAUCACUAAACACAUUACACCUGCAUUCUGUAGUUACCUCCAGACACCUGCUGGACAAUAAAAGAACUGCAACUGCUUUCCAAAUUAUCAUGCUACAGAAUCGACCUACAGAGAACCCUUGACUGAAACGGAGAUGGGAGAUGCAGCUUUGAUCUACCCCAGAAUGGGACCCCACUUCCUGGAUCCUUAUAACCUCCGCUUCCUAGCCCCGUUGCCAGGCAACCCUCGCACGGCUACCGCGUGUCUCUCCGCGCGGGUGUGCUUGAGCGGCCGUGAAGAAUUUGAAUCUCAGUUUGCAGAGUGUCAGGGGAAAGGUAGAGGGCCUGGCUGGAUUCCACCUGGAUCUCCUCCCAGCAGCAGCAGAUUCAGAGUCUCCUGCUGCACACAGCCCUUCACGGUCAGGACCGCUUCGGACACGCCCUCCUUCAUUUCUUAUUGUAAUUCUGUUCAGGGGCACAGUCACAACUGACUUUUGUCUCUGCAUUUCCACUUUCUUUCUUUCUUUCUUUCUUUCUUUCUUUCUUUCUUUCUUUCUUUCGCUCGCUUGCUAGUCUGUGUCACUGUUUCGUUCUUUACCGCGUUUUGUACCCUGAGGAAUUCAGACUGCAAUACAAGGUUAGCUCAGGAACCGUCUUGUCUAAGUGUGUCAGGAUGCAACUUUGUGUAAUAGUGUGGAAUAGUCUUCCCAUCUCUCUCUCUCUCUCUCUCUCUCUCU